UAAAUAUUAGGGAUUGGUAUAAAAUCAGGAGGUUCAACUACAUUUGAAGAACAUAGGAGCUAAACUUCUCAUUUUCAAAUUCACAUUAUUUCUUCAUUCUUCAAUUCAAUUUGAGUUUCAACUUUGAAGACAAUCAUGACCGAUGUUAAAGAGGGAGAUUAUUACAACACAAACACCACAGAAGACGAUCUUGAGGACAAGUUUCUUGUGUACACAAGAGAAGGAGAUUGGGAAAAAGUUGUGGAUCUAUACAAAUCAAAUGUAAAAUUCUGCACAAUGAACAUAGACAAAAGCAGAGGGACAGCACUCCACGUGGCAGUAAACGACAACAACGAAAGUGUCGUUAGCAAUCUUGUUGGUUCAAUAUUACUUCAUGGGAACGUGGAAGCAUUUAUAUUGAAGAACGAGAAAGGGGACACGCCUUUGCACCUUGCAGCAUCAAGAGGGUUUAAGGAAAUUUGUGAGCAUAUAAUUGGAGAAUUUGGUGAAAGGAAGGAAUUGGUUUACAUUGAUAAUAAUAACGGAGAGACACCUUUGUUUCUUGCUUCACUUUCAUGGCAAAAACAAACAUUUAUCUAUUUGUUCUCUUUUGUUGAACCGGAUUAUAAGAUUUGUGAUGGUAAAAAGGAUUACUCUUAUCCUUAUUCUAAAGAUCUUAUUAGGAACAACGGAGAUAGUAUCCUUCAUUGCGCCAUUCAGAGAGAAUUUUUUGAUUUGGCUCUUAUAAUAAUAGAUAAAUACCCUGAACUUGGUGCAAUUUCGAACAAAAAACAUUACACACCUCUCAAACUUCUUGCUACUAGGCCUUCAGCAUUCGAAAGCGGAUUCAAGAUGAUAUGGUGGAAAAAGAUUUUAUACCACUGUAUACCUGUGGAGAAUCUAAACGUGAAAGAAGCUCUGGAAUUGUAUGGUAUAAAACAUGAUCAGUCAGAACGUCACAAAUACCCAAAGAACUACGAUACAUGUUAUCUAUUUCUUCAUAAAUGUAAAGAAUAUGCUGAUCCACUUUUAGACAUCAUUAGACAUCUGCCGGUGAUCUCUAAAUUAGCAAUUCCUAUUUCCACUACAUAUGUUGCAGCUUCUGAUAAUAAGGUAAAGGAACAAAAAGUGUUGCUAGGUCAGCAACAACAGAUCAAUAUAUCAAUGCCAUCUGAUAAUGAGGAAAAGAAACAAAACGUGUUAUCUAAGCAAAAACAGAACAAUAUAUCAAUUCCAUCUGAUCCCGAGCUUCUUCCAGAAAACUAUGCUACAUGUCUUUGGUUCCUGAAGUUUGCAUACAUAAAUAUCCUUGGCCUUUCUGGAGUAGGAGUUGAUGAAGUUAGAAAACUGAAGCAAAAACAUAAAUGGAGUAGUCAAUUAUUGACCGUUUUUAUGGAGAACACUUCUGAUUCCUACUUUGGAGCUGGCAACAAACCACUUCGAAAUGAGAGUGAAAUCGAUUUUGAAGCAAUUAUCAACCAAAACAAAAACUCAAAUGAAGAAUUGAAAAGUGAGGAUACAAAGAAGUCUGAAACAUUGAAAAGUAAGGAAGCAAAGAAGUCUGAAACAUUGAAUAAUGGGGAUACAAAUAAGGCUGAAACAUUGAAAAAUGAGAAAGCAAAGAAGGCUAAAACAAUGAAAAGUGAAACACCGAUAUUGACUGCAGCAAGAUAUGGCAUAGUUGAAAUGGUGACUGUACUUAUAAAAAAAAUACCAAGUUCCAUCUACGAAACUAACUUGGAAAAUAAAAAUAUAUUAUUAGUAGCAGUUGAAAACAGAAGGACCGUUGUUGUUGAGUCGUUAAGGAAAUGGUUUAAAGAGUGCAAUAAAUAUCCAAUAUUUGAUAACCUAAUCCAAGAGGUAGAUAAUGAAGACAACACAGUGUUACAUUUGGCAGCAACACCAGGUGAUCAAGAUUGGAACAUAUCUGGAGCUGCCUUGCAAAUGAUGUGGCAUAUCAAAUGGUUUCAGUAUACUAAAGGACUAGUCCCAGAGCAUUUCCCAUUUAGAACCAACAAAGAGGACAAAACUGCAGGAGAAAUAUUUGAGGAAAAACAUAAAACUCUAGUAAAAGAUGGUAGUGAAUGGCUAAAGGACACAUCAGAAUCUUGCUCUGUAGUUGCAGCACUCCUCGCCGGUGUUUCCUUUGCUACAUCAAGCACUGUACCGGGUGGCAACAAAAGUGAAACAGGUGAACCUACAUUGGAAGGAAAGCCUGCAUUUGAUGCAUUUGCUUUGUCAUCAAUAGUUGGCCUUUGCUUCUCUGUCACUGCACUCAUAAUGUUCCUCUCGAUACUCACUUCUCGUAAAGAAGCCAAAGAUUUCAGAAUUGAUUUGCCAAGGAAACUUAUUUUGGGUUUGAGUUCCCUUUUCUUGUCCAUCGUUGCAAUGUUCACUGCUUUUUGCUCUGGUCAUUUUUUUUUGAUUGACCAAAAAUACAAGAGCAUUGUGUUCCUCAUUUAUAUCGUCACUUGCUUCCCUGUGACUUUGUAUGCAGUAGCACAACUUCCACUAUACAUUGAUCUUCUAAAAGGUAUUAUAACCAAAAUUCCAAUGACAAGUGCUAAGGGUGUGGACUUAUAAAGAUGUAUGAUGAAUUAAAAAUGUGUUUACUUUAUACAAAUAACAACUAGAGUGAAUUGAGUACUACUACCUAUGCUUGUAGAAGUUUUAUUAUUUAUGUCAGAUGUUGGAUUGUGCUUAUUUAAGUAAGAUUCUAAUAUCCUAAGCUCUGUCAGUGCUUAAAUCUGAUAGAUUAUUUAGGCA